CAAGCGAUGCUGGCAAAUAAAUGAGAGGGAGAAGGGCUAAGCAGACACAUGGGUUUGGAGAGAGUGAGACAGACAGAGAGGAAGAGACUGAGAGGGACAGAGAGAGGUGGGGAAGCAGAAAGAAGGAGAUGACAUUAGUGGAGAACAGGGAUUUAUUAAAAAGUAGCAAUAAAUAGGUAGGGACAGAGAUUGCAGUGGGGGGAGAGAGCGCCUACAAGCUGGCAGAGAGACAGUCUCUCUUUAGCCAAGCAUGUUGUUUGUUUUAAUUAGCUGAGGGACUGUCUGCCAGUGAGAGGGACCAGCCCCCAGAUCCUGCCUGAACCCAACAUCUUAGCAGGUCUGAGAGCUCAUCUCACUGACACUGGAGAGGCAUCAGCCGGACUGGCAGCAGCGCACAGGGUAGACCAAGGCUGAGUGUCUGGAGGUCAAUCACACAUCAACACAUUUGUUGUUUGCUGGAGCUUGGAUGCUGGAAGAACUUUGGGGCUCUGUAUAUGGAAAUUGUGGGGUGUCGUUCAGAAGAAAGUGCCUACCCUUUCAGACCAGCAGCAAUGCUCUUCCAUGGGAUCACUGGGGGGCACAUUCAAGGCAUCAUGGAAGAAAUGGAGAGAAGGUCCAAAUCAGCAGAUAGCCGCCUGGGCAAAGCUAUUCAGGUCAAUGGCAGAGAGACACGAAUGCCCCCUCUGAGUCCAGAGAAGCCCGCCCUUUGCGCAGGAUGUGGUGGGAAGAUCUCAGACAGAUAUUACCUCCUGGCUGUGGACAAGCAGUGGCAUCUGCGCUGCCUCAAGUGCUGUGAAUGUAAACUAGCUCUGGAAUCUGAGCUGACAUGCUUUGCAAAGGAUGGCAGCAUAUACUGCAAGGAAGACUAUUACAGAAGGUUUUCUGUGCAGAGGUGUGCCCGUUGCCACCUUGGUAUCUCAGCUUCAGAAAUGGUAAUGAGAGCAAGAGAAUCUGUCUACCACCUUAGUUGCUUUACCUGCACAACCUGCAACAAGACCCUGAGUACCGGAGACCACUUUGGAAUGAAGGAAAACCUUGUUUAUUGUCGGGCCCACUUUGAGCUUCUGGUCCAAGGGGACUUUCAUCCACAACUCAGCUACACUGAGCUAUCAGCCAAGGGGGGAGGGCUGGCUACCCUUCCAUACUUCAGUAAUGGGACAGGUGCAGUUCAGAAGGGAAGGCCAAGAAAAAGGAAAAGUCCAGCUUUAGGAGUGGAUAUCCUCAACUACACUUCAGGUUGCAAUGAAAAUGACACAGAUAUGGACCGCGAUCAGUCAUACCCUCCAUCUCAAAAGACGAAACGCAUGCGAACCUCUUUCAAACACCACCAACUCCGCACCAUGAAGUCAUAUUUUGCCAUAAAUCACAACCCAGAUGCAAAGGAUUUGAAGCAAUUGGCUCAAAAAACUGGAUUAACUAAACGAGUGUUGCAGGUUUGGUUUCAAAACGCACGGGCGAAAUUCAGGAGGAAUCUUUUGCGGCAGGAAAAUGGGGGAGGCGAUAAAGUUGAAGGUCCCUCUCUCAGCGCCCCAGCAUCCGCGGACAGUGCUGCAUUAACACCAACCGGUGCAGCAUCCACAUUAUCAGACCUCACCAGUCCCUCUCUAAAUGUUGGGGGAUCUGUCACCCCAAAUAUGGACACCCAUGAUUCCGGGAGCCCGUCUCAAACAACUCUCACCAACCUUUUUUAACACCUUCUGUGGCCCUCUCCCCAACAUUCCUCAUGACAUACAUUUUUCUUUUGUCAGACUGUGCAUUCUUCUUAUCUUUUUUUUUGUUUUGUUUUUUUGUUCAUUAAAUAAAAACUACAACCUGUUAUGGAGGAAAUAAGAGUUUAACAGCCAUUCAGUGACUUAUAUACAGCAUAUAGGCAUUGUUUGUGUGUUGUCCUUCAUUGCCAGGAAAGUAUGAGGUGACAAGGAAAGGAUGUAUAUAGAGAGAGACAAAAGAUGAAGAGUUACAAGCCAUGAACAACCCUUCAUAAAUGUUUGGAAAUCUAUCUGUGGAUUACUUUCUCCUGAGACAUAUCAUUCAAUGUUAGAGUACGGGGCAGCAGUGUGUCGUGUGUGGCUAGACGGCUUGUAUGAUGUCAUCCUCACACUAUGUUCCAUAAUAUUUUCCUUUUCACUGUGAUCCUCUAUUAUCAAUACCCAAUUACCCUUAUCACUGUGACUGUCUAUUUACUGAUGUCACAGACAUAUCACCAUUUAACUGGUUUUCUGUGAGUCCAGCUGUUUGUGGAUAAGGUUUUACUGAUGUGAAAAAGAGCAUUCUUGGUUUUAAUUGGCCCAAACUACAUCAAGUAGAUUUCUGCGAUGGGGCACUUAAAGGGGCACUCCAGGGACCUGUCUGGAGAAAUAUGUAGAUUAAGUUACAGUUGGUCAUGGUGGGUGUUCUUUUCUUAAUCUUCCCUAGUUUAAAUAAAAAAAAAAAAAUACUAAUUAGCACUAAUUUAUUUUGCGUUAUAGGACCACCUUCUCUACCUCUUUCUUCCAACCUGCAGUGUUACCUUUUUUUUUUUCUUUAAAAGUUCUGGUAGCAUUGUCACAUGACUUAAGUUACUACUUGGAGUUGUAGUUCAGUUGUUUCCUUUCUGUUGCAGAAGGCCGACAAAUUAACUACAGCUCCCAGAAACCAUUGCAGUUUACACUGCAUAUGGGAGAAACUCAGAACUGCUAUAGAUAGCAUAGUAAGCAUCACUCUCUUGUUGUUUUGGCUUCAACUCAUUGCAAACACAAUCAGGUUUUUUUUGUGUAAUGCAAAAACCUAAAAUAUGAAUAUUUACAUUACGUUAUUAGUUUCAAUUUACGGUUUUUGCACAUUCUUUUUAUGUACUCUUUAUUUAAGGUUUUACAAAUGGGCUAAAUCCAACCUGGAGUGUCUCUUUAAGCUCUGAAAUUAUUGUAUACCAUUCUACAUUAUAUGAGUCUCCAACUCAUUUAGGAUCAAUGAAAAUAUAAUUCUGUCAUAACAAACCAGCCAUUAACGAUCCAACAUCAAAAUGGAAUGUCUCUGAUUUCAUUGUGGCAGGAUUGUUUAGAGCUGCAUACAAUAAAUAAAUUAGACAUUCCACAUUGAGUGGGUCUUUAUGGACUAGAUUUUGUUGACGGCAUGCUAUAUCAUUGUUCCUUAAGGAGUUACAUUAUGAGCCUCCAGAUACCACAUCCUUUUGGAUACCACAUUUUUGGAUUAUAUGCAGAUUACUACUCUUUUACUCUUUCGCUACAUUCUUCUGACUUUUAACUUCAAAUAGGAAAUGAAAAGACACACACAAAACCAGAUGACAUAAAUUGACAAUAAAGAAAAUUACACCAAAUCUUAUUUUGUUUUGUUAAAAAAUAACAAAUGGGAUAAGGGUUAAUAAUAUCUAAUGUACACAUCCUUAUAAGUGCCUCUACACAAUUAUAUCUUAUUAAUUUCCAUCGACUUAAAAAAUAAUGAACAAAAAUCAAAUGUCAUAGUUAAAAUUAAGUGCACAACAAAACUUUUUCAGUUUGAAGCAGCAAAUUUCUUUUU